UGGAGGCUGCGCUCGCGCAUGCCAAUACCACCGCGAGCGUUGUACCCCCGACAGAAACUUCAUGCCGUGCCCAAACAACUCCUCUCAACUACAAAUAACAUUGUGCAAACGUGAUCGCAAGUGUAAACAUUCCUCCAAGUGACAAAACUCCAAACAACCAGUGUACUUAAAGUGGUCAAACGAAGGUUUUUUUGUUUGUACGUCUGUGUGUAAUAACUGUGUUCAGCACCAAGAAAUGGGUUUAUAAUUGGUCUAAAUCAAUGCCCACGAUGAUUCGCGUUAGAAAACCAUAGAGACAUCAUGUCGCAGAGAGAUUUCUCAGAGGUUGAGCCGACUGGCUCGGCUUCUUUGGGCGCCGCGUCCCGGGCGUUAUUUGUGGAGAAGGUGCGGGCUUCCAACGCGGCGUGCCAGGCCGGGGACUUCGCCACUGCUGUCGCACUAUACACAGACGCCCUAACGUUGGACCCGGCCAAUCACAUCCUUUACAGUAAUAGGUCGGCGGCCAGGCUCAAGCAGGGCCAGUUCGCAGCCGCCCUGCAGGAUGCGACGCGGGCGCGGGAACUGUGCCCCAACUGGCCGAAGGCUUAUUACAGGCAAGGUGUCGCUCUGCAAUGCCUCGGUCGGCACGGCGAGGCCCUCGCAGCCUUCAGCUCAGGUCUGGGCGUGGAGCCGUCUUCGCGGCAGCUGCUGGCAGCGCUGGUGGAGGCAUCACUCAAAUCUCCACUCAGAACUACCCUCGAACCCACCUUCAGACAACUGGAGGCUAUGAAACUGGACCAGUCGCCAUUUGUUUUGAUAUCGGUGGUAGGUCAAGAGCUGUUAGCAGCAGGUCAGUACCAGGCCGCGGUGACGGUUUUAGAAGCAGCACUUAGGAUCGGAUCCUGCUCUCUUAAACUACGUGGGUCAGUCUUCAGCGCUCUGUCAUCAGCUCACUGGGCGCUAAGCCAGCUCGAUGCCGCGAUCAACUACAUGCAGCAAGACCUGGCUGUGGCCAAGUCGCUUGGCGAUACGGCUGGCGAGUGUCGAGCCCAUGGGAACCUCGGUGCCGCUUACUUCAGCCAAGGGUCUUACAAAGACGCCCUGACCGCUCAUCGAUAUCAGCUCGUGUUGGCUAUGAAAUGCAAGGACACGCAAGCAGCCGCAGCGGCUCUCACCUCUCUGGGGCAUGUCUACACAGCUAUAGGCGACUACCCGAAUGCACUGGCCAGUCACAAACAGUGCGUUCAGCUAGUAAAGCAGAUGGGGGACAAACUGCAAGAGGCACGGGAGAUCGGCAACGUCGGAGCCGUGUAUUUGGCGAUGGGGGAGUUUGAUUCAGCUGUUGACUGUCAUACACAGCAUCUCAGAUUAGCUAGAAGAUUAGGUGAUCAGGUUGAAGAAGCUCGAGCGUAUUCUAAUUUAGGAUCAUCAUAUCACUACAGAAGAAAUUUUUCACAAGCCAUCGCAUACCAUGAAAAUGUAUUGAGGAUAGCCCAGAAUUUAGGAGACAGGGCUAUCGAAGCUAGAGCAUACGCAGGCCUGGGACACGCUGCGAGAUGCGCAGGAGACUAUGCUCAAGCAAAGAAAUGGCAUGAAAGACAACUAGAUGUAGCCCUUGCGGCUAGAGAUAAGGUUGGAGAAGGUCGUGCGUGUUCGAAUCUGGGCAUCGUGUACCAAUUGUUGGGCGAGCACGACGCCGCUCUCAAGUUGCAUCAGGCGCAUUUGUCUAUCGCACGACAAUUACAGGACAAAGCCGGUAUGGGUCGAGCUUACGGUAACAUUGGCAACGCGUACUCAGCGGCCGGCUUCUACGAGCAAGCGAUCAAGUACCACAAACAAGAGCUCACGAUAUCCAAAGAGGUCCACGACAGAAGUUCCGAAGCGUCGACGCACGGGAACCUCGCCGUGGCGUACCAGGCCCUUGGAGCUCAUGAUAUGGCGCUUUUUCACUAUCGAGCGCAUUUGGGAAUCGCCCGUGAACUAAAAGACGCGGCAGGUGAAGCGUGCGCUCUGCUCAACCUCGGCAACUGCUUGUCCUCGAGGGGCGAGUUUGCUCAAGCAGUGCCUUAUUACGAACAACACCUGAUGCUGUCGCAGGAGCUCGGGGACGUGACGGCGGAGGCGAAGGCGUGCCAUUUCCUCGGAUAUGCUCAUUACUGCUUAGGGAAUUAUAGGGAGGCUGUCAGAUACUACGACCAGGACCUUUCGCUAGCCAAAGACCUUCAAGAUAAAAUGAACAUGGGUAGAGCGUACUGCAAUCUGGGCCUUGCCCAUCUCGCCCUAGGAAAUCUGGAGACCGCGCUGGAAUGCCAGAAAUACUUCCUAGCGAUAGCUCACAUGACACAGCAUUUACAAGGAAAAUUCCGGGCUUUGGGAAACAUCGGCGAUGUUCUCAUCAAAAUGGGUGAUGUUGAAGAGGCUGUGAAAAUGUAUCAAAGACAGCUUGGAUUUGCUAGACAGGCUCGUGAUAGAUCAUUAGAAGCAGCUGCUUGUGGUGCGCUAGGUCUUGCACGACGACUCCAAAGAAGACUCGAUGCUGCAUUAGGACAUCAUACACAGGAAUUGACUUUACGCCAAGAGGCGGGAGAUGCUGCUGGGGAGGCGAGGGCUCACUCGCACCUCGGAGCUGUCCACAUGGCGCUGGGACACUAUUCACACGCAGCCAGGUGUUAUCGGGAGCAACUUGAAAGAGCACAAGAGCUACAAGACUGUGCGUUAGAGGCACAGGCGUAUGGAAACUUAGGUAUCGCCAAACUGAACAUGGGACAUUAUGAAGACGCGAUUGGAUACUUAGAACAGCAACUAGCAAUCCUGGAGCGCGUGAACACACCGACCUGCCAGUUGGACAAGGCUCGAGCUCUCGGCUCGCUGGGCGACUGUUACGACGCACUCGGCGACCCUGACGAGGCCGCCAAGUACCACGACCAACAUCUCGCCGCUGCACUCAAACUUAACAACUCUAGAGAGCAGGAGAGAGCUUACCGAGGACUUGGGCUAAGUCAUAAAUCGGUAGGUAACCUGCAACAAGCGCUAGUAUGCCUAGAGAAGAGGCUGGUGGUGUCGCAUGAGCUGGGGGUGCCGGAAGCGAAAGCGCAAGCGUAUGGAGAGUUAGGGGCGCUGCAUAUCGCACUCAGCAAUCUGGAGCAAGCCGUACUGUGCUUGGAGCAUCAGAAGAAUAUUGCUAAGGAGCUAAACAACCAGAUAAUGGAGGCGGAGGCGUGUCACUCGCUGGGAGUGGCGCAGCAGGCGCUCGGCGACCACGCCGCCGCCGUCCGGCACCACCGCGCAGAACUAGAACUAGCGCACAGACUCGGACUCACACAUUUACAGGCUCGUGCAUGCGGCGGGCUCGGAGCUGCGCACGCGUCCAUGGGAGCACACGCCGAAGCGGGACGCUGGCAUGAGUCACGAUUACGACAUGCCACUGCUUCAGGCGACGCUCGCGGACGAGCGCAGGCCCUCGCCGACCUCGGGCGCGCGCACCUCGCGAUGGGCGCGUGCGGCAGCGCCGUCUCGUACCUCAGGCAGGCGCUCGCCGCCACUGAAGGGCUAGCCGACGUAGAUGAAGAGGCCCGAGUGAGACAUCGACUCGGCUUCGCAUUGUGGGCUUCAGGAGAGCUAGAAGAAGCGAAGGAACAACUGCACGCCGCACUAACAGUACUGGAGUCGAGCGGAGACAAACACCGCGACAGGAAGACAGUUGCUCUGUAUACUUCUACACAACAUGCUUUGCAAAGAGUUUUGGUUGAACUGGGUCGUCACACUGAAGCUCUAGUGGUGGCUGAGAGAGGUCGAUGCCGCUCACUCGACGCCGUUACUGAAAAACCACCAGGCACGUUGAACCAGGCGAACCUGGAACUACACACUGCACAGAGGAACAAUGAAGAAUUGAACAAAGAUCGCGUUGAGCCGUGGAGUCCAGCAAGCGUCGAACAAAUACUAGAGGUCGUGAACAAACAGAAAGCACCUGUGUUGUACUACAGUUUAGCUGCGGGAAGACUUUAUGCGUGGUUACUGCAACCGCAUAAGGGUAUACUAAGAUUCCAUCAGAUUUCUCUUCUCGACGAAGCUGAAGACAGUGAUAACAGCUUGCCUGACGUCAGCCCUGACGACCUUCAACCUAGCAGUGGUAGUACAGGUAAAUUGGAACGUUUCAUCGGCGAAUGGUCGACUUGGCUGAAAGCAGCCGCUGAACGUAGGAAUGAUGAAGACCAAUGGGAUCCCGAUGAAAGGCCCAGCACUGGUCUUGCGAGAAUGGUCACCCGUAACCACCUUCUAAAUUCAUCAAACUAUUCGCUGAGUUCGUUGUUCAGUGUGGGUUCGGUCGGUGGAUCUGUCGCUGGCUCUGUUGCAAGCCUCCAAGGCUCUACCAGGUCAAGCGCUCAAGGUCCUCGCAGAAAGCAGCCCUCGUGGCAGGGCCCGCCGUGCCUGAACUCCUUGUACCAGAUGCUUCUCGCUCCAUUUGAAGACUUGUUGCCAGCUUCAUGUAACAAUAAUCAUGCGUCUCACGGUCGUCGCGGGUGCGGCGGGCGGCGCGAGGUGGUGGUGGUGGUGGAGGGCGCGCUGUACGCGUGUCCGUGGGGCGCGCUGCGCGGCGCGGCCGACGCCGAGCCGCUGUGCGAGCGGUACGCGCUGCUCGCCGUGCCCGCGCUGCGCCCGCUGCGGCAUCAGCGGCAUCUCCGCGCCCGCCCGCACCACGAACACGGCGGUGGCGCAGGCGCAGUGUCGUCGUCGCCGCUGGAGACGGGCAUGCGGUGCCUGGUGGUGGGGUCGCCGCGAGUGGGCGCGACGCGCUGGGGCGGCGCGCAUGCGCUGCUCAAGGAGGCCGAGCUCGUCGCCGACAUGCUGCGCGUCACACCGCUCACCGACUACCAGGCUUCAAAAGAAGCGGUCCUCGCUCAGCUGCCACAAGCCGAGUGCGUGCACUUCGCAACUCACAUCUGCUGGAAAACGCCAGCCAUCGUUCUCAGUCCUGGUGAAGUGGUGGACUCGCAAGCCAAACGCCUUCUCAACACAAGCGUCGGCGGUGGUGCCGGAGACACUUCUACUGAAAACGAAGAAGACCACGCAGAAUUACCGCCAAGCAAUGAAGAACUUCCACCAGCGUCAGAAUUUAUGCUCACAGCGUCGGAAAUAAUGAAUAUGAAAAUUACAGCUCGAUUGGUGGUAAUAUCAUGCGCGCCAACAAGCGCAGCCCUACAAGGAUCAACAGCAGAAGAAGCUGAGGACAUCGCGAUGGCCGGCGAGGGAGUGUCCAAGCUGUGUCGCGCGCUUCUAGCCGCUGGAGCGCAAGCGAUACUGCUGACGCUGUGGCCCGCCCCGCAGGACACCGCCACCAAGAUCCUUUAUAGAGCGCUUUAUUCCGCUUUAUUACAAGGCAGCCGCGUUGCAAAGGCCCUAGGAGACGCGAUGCAGACAGUCCGCCACACCAAACACUUCGCGCACCCGUCGCACUGGUCGGGCUUCAUGCUGCUCGGCGCCAACGUGCGGCUCAGCAACAAGGUCGCGCUCAUGGGGCAGGCGCUCUGCGAGCUGCUCGCCGCGCCGGACAAGUGCCGAGACGCUUUACGAGUCUGCCUGCACUUGGUAGAGAAGUCUCUACAGAGGAUAGUGAGAGGGCAGAAGAACGCGAUGUACACCACACAGAAGAGCAUCGAGAACAAAGCUGGUAACGCCACUGGCUGGAGGGAAUUACUCAUGAGUGUGGGAUUCAGAUUCGAGCCAGCGGCAAAUGGAAUACCGUCUAGUGUGUUCUUCCCACAAAGUGACCCUGAAGAAAGACUGACACAGUGCUCAGCAAGUUUACAAGCAUUAUUAGGUUUAAGCCCAACCACACUACAAGCAUUGUCCAAACUGAUUUCCAACGGCGACGUGGCUGAUGACAUCAUUGGAGUCAUUCGCUCCGUCAUCUCACAAUUCUCUAUUAAAAACUCGGAGACAGAUACCAUUGAAGUAGCUGUUAACGUCAGACUGUGGCGUGUCAACGGCUGCCAUGAACUGCUAGCGUCACUUGGUUUUGAUUUAGCCGAAGUGGGACAAGACGAAGUCACCCUUCGCACGGGCAAGACAGCGAAUCGACGACACAUACAAUUCGUUUUACAAGCUCUAUUAGCACUUUUUGACACUCAAGAAGCCCCACGAAGCCUGAGCUUGGAGUCAAGCUCGAGCGUGGAAUCGUUGGCUUCCAUCGAUGACGGCGACCUCGAGCCGCACUCGGACGGAGAGCCGCCGCCGAGGCAACACCGACAAGAAAGCGUAUCAUCAGUGCCUCCACCGCCGCUCCCUCUCGGCUCCUGCGGCGGAGCGUUCACCAUGUACGUGCGCGGAUCCACUGCGUCUACAGAAGUAGGCAGGGGUGAACCUGACGGUAGAACCGCACCACCACCAGCACCGCCGCCUCCGAGAUACCGUGGAGAGAGCGACGCUGCCUUCACACCAUCCCCACCAGCAGCUCCACCACCACCCACUACAGCUCCUCCUAGAGACGUAUCCUUAGCACUAGCCCAUCAAACCAAGAUUAGAACUUUGUACACAAGGAGACCGCCGUCUGAUGAUUCCGACUGGGAAAGUUCCGGUCAUGAUACUGUAUUAAGAAGACGUCCGGAGCACUCACAUCCAAGAUAUCUUGAUGCCUUCUAUGAUUUAGCCUCGGCGCAACCACGAAGGACAGAAGAAGAAAAGAACGAUCAAGCUUUGAACCAACCUUCGACAUCUAAACGGGUGCCUCGACCCAAAAUGGGAACAAGUAGUCGAGAUUCCAUGGCCCAGGUGAGGCAUAUGAGCGGUGAACUGACUCCAACUAUAUCCGAAGUGUAUCAUGAGAGGAAUAUAGGACUGGGACUAGCUCCUCCUCUAUCGGAAUUAUUACUAGCAGAAGAAUCGAAGAGUGAAAUGCGAACGGCGAGUUCGAGUGAGAAUCUCCUUUUACAAAAUUUGGAGAAAUUAGGUCUUUUAGGCGAUACAAGUGAGAAUGAAGAACGGUGGUGUGGAGCCACAUCAUCAAGACCUUGGCUAUCGGCUCCCCCUCUAGAAACAGACGUACAAAGCUCGGACUUGACAACAGCAGAAAUAAUAGAACGUCAAACAAAAUUCAAGAAAGACUCCGAGCCUAAGAGAAAGGAAGAGAACGUUUACGAAUUGAAGGCUAAAGAAGACGCCCCGGGACCGAGUGGUAUAGAGAAGCGUUCGGUCUCACCAUUCUCUGAACUGUCCCGCAGAGACGAAGGGGAUGGGAGAAGCAUAGCUGAUUCCCACUCUUCAUACAAAGCCUUAGUACUGAAUCCUAGAGCACCCUACCUUCCUGAAGAAGCAGAGACCAGUUUAAGCACCCCCGCGGAGGGGGGCAAAACUCAUCCUAGGCCCCGAAGACCCCCAGUGCCAAGAACUAGACCUACGUAUACGACCUUAGACUUUCCACCGAGUAAAUGAUUAAGAUAUGUAAAUAUAUACAAUUUAGGAUACUUUUAGGUUUUGAAUCAUUUUAAUUUAUUUGAUACAUAUUAUUUUUCAAACAUGGCUAUGACAUUUGUGUUAAAUAUUGGUAUUGUGUUCUAAAGAUAAAAUCGAAUGGUGAAAUUGAUUUUAAUAUAACUUUGUAUAUAUAAUUUAAGUGCCUAUUUAUUGAAUAAUAGACUUUGUGUGGUUGGAUGUGAAUAGGGCGUGUACAUUGUUUAAGUAUUAUUUGACUAUUGACUUUACUGUGACUAUUACAAACCUUGCCAUUGUGUACCUAUUAUUUAAGUUUAAACGCUACUUGUAAAAAAUUCCAAUUAGCAAAUAAAGCAUUGAAAACUAA